AUGUCUGCGGCCGACGGAGAGGCCUGGGACGGCAACGGGCAGCGCGGAGGGGGCAGCGGCGACGGGCCGGCCACCCAGGCCCCGCCCGGGGGGCUCCUCAACCGCUUCGUCCGCCUCCCACCCGGCCCUGGACGCGGCGGCCACAGGGUGCCACCGGCCAGGAGCGGCCACCGCUGCGUAGCAGACAAUGCCAAUCUCUACGUCUUCGGAGGAUACAAUCCUGACUACGACGAAUCCGGAGGGCCGGAGAACGAGGACUACCCGCUCUUUCGGGAACUCUGGCGAUACAACUUUGCUACCGGCACCUGGUACCAGAUGGGCACGGAGGGCUACAUGCCCCGCGAGUUGGCAUCCAUGUCGCUUGUGUUGCACGGCAAUAACCUCUUGGUCUUUGGCGGCACCGGCAUCCCCUUUGGAGAGAGUAACGGCAACGACGUUCACGUCUGCAACGUGAAGUACAAGCGGUGGGCCCUGUUUAACUGCCGAGGGAAGAAGCCGAACCGCAUCUACGGACAGGCGAUGGCCAUCAUUAGCGGCUCUUUGUACGUGUUUGGAGGAACGACCGGCUAUAUCUACAGCACAGACCUGCAUAAGCUGGACCUCAACACCAGGGAGUGGACACAGCUCAAGCCAAACAACCUGCACUGUGAUAUGCCAGAGGAAAGAUACAGACACGAAAUCGCGCACGAUGGGCAGAGAAUUUACAUCUUGGGAGGUGGGACUUCUUGGACGGCCUACUCCUUGGAGAAGGUGAUGUAUGUCUUUGUCUGCGGGGGAUACAAUGGAGAGGUGAUCCUGGGCGACAUCUGGAGACUGAGCCUGCAGACGUUCCAGUGGGUGAAACUGCCCGCCUUGAUGCCCGAGCCCGUUUAUUUCCACUGUGCUGCUGUCACUCCGGCCGGCUGCAUGUACGUCCACGGAGGCGUGGUGGACAUUCACCGGAACAGACGGACUGGCUCUCUCUUUAAGAUGUGGCUGGUGGUGCCCAGCCUGCUGGAACUCUCUUGGGAGAAGCUGCUGAUCUUUUACCCCCAUUUAGCCAACCUCAGCCGAUCUCAGCUUCUGCACCUCGGACUGACGCAGGGGCUCAUCGAACGCUUGAAAUGA